AUGUUUCGUCUCCCCAAAUCAGCCAAACUCCGUCUGGUUGGAAUCUAUACCCUGGGAGCAUUAUUCGCCAUCGGAUUCUGGUCAUUAGUUGAUUCCGCCAUCUUUUCAAAACAACCAGUGAAUGCCCUGACUGUACAUGUGACUUUCAUCGAUUGGAUUCCAUUUUUAUGUUCGACCCUGGGGAUGAUGAUUGUGAAUUCGAUCGAGAAGGCGAAUUUAUUCGAUAAUGGGGCGAAUGGGAAUGGAUUUAUGAGUACUAAUGGAGGAGGACAUGCUUGGGCGGCGAGGGUGAUUUUAUUUUUGGGUUUUCUGUUGUUGGCUGGUGGAUUGGCUGGAAGUUUUAUGGUAUUUAUAUUGAAGUAUUUAAUGAAGGGAUAUGGAUUCCCAACACUUGGAAUGGGGGUGAGUAAUGUUGUUUGUAAUGGAUGUAUUAUGUUGAGUUGUAUUAUAUUAUGGUUAGCUCAGAAUAUUGAAGAUGAAUAUAGUUAUAGUUUAGCUUUGUAG